AUGUCUUCCACGCAAGUGCCUCAGGGGCCAGAGUCCGAGGGCAAGAAGCCCGUCGUGUGUGUCUUCUGUGCUUCGUCUCCAGGCAAGAAUCCAAUCCACCUAGAAUCGGCGCGGACACUGGGCAAGGCGCUGCACGAGGCGGGCUACAACCUCGUCUACGGCGGGGGCACGAUGGGCAUCAUGGGCGAGCUGGCGAGCACGCUGGUGUCCCUGAGCGGGCCCAGGUCGGUGCAGGGCAUCAUCCCGCGGGCGCUGAUCAAGUCGGAGCUGGUGGUGGACCCGUCGGGGACGAAGACCGCGAGGAAGACGGAGCGGACGAUGACGGCGCAGCAGCUCCGGCGCAUCGACAGCAACGACGACCCGGAUAGCCAGAUCGUGCCCGAGUCCGAGUUUGGCGCCACGCGCAUCGUGCCGGACAUGCACACGCGCAAGAGCAUGAUGGCCCGCGCCGUCGAGGCCGGGGCGGCCGGGUCCGGCUUCGUCGCGCUCGCCGGCGGCUACGGCACCAUCGAGGAGGUCAUGGAGAUGGUGACGUGGAACCAGCUGGGCAUUCACAAGAUCCCCAUCGUGCUGGUCAACAUCGACGGGUACUGGAACGGCCUUCUGGACUGGGUGAGGAACUCGAUCAGGGAAGGCUUCGUGGCCGAGGGGGCCGCCAACAUCCUCGUCGAGGUGAAGGGCACCGACGAGGUUGUCCAGGCCUUGCGCGACUAUCAGCUUGCCCCUGGUAGAUACAAGCUGGAUUGGAGUUUAGAAUAG